AUCAACAACUCGGAAAUUACCUCCUAAUCUGUAUAAAAGUACACAUUACAUAUGUGUAAAUAGAAAUACAUACUAAAACACAUAGGUGUGUGUGUGUGUGUGCGUUAGGUGAAAUGUGCAUUUGCUAUCUGAUUGAGAAACAAGUGAGUGUACGUACCUACACAUAAAUAAAUAGGGAUUAAGUAUGUGAAAGAGAGACACGUUGGCUGUUGUGAAGCAACGCAGCUUCAGAAUUUUUUAAACGAUGAUUCUGUUUAGUACGCUAUAAUUUUUAAUGUUGUCGACACGUUUGAAAGAUUAAUUUAUUGCAGUUUACUUUAUCCGGUACGUUCUGUGCAUACUUACUCGAGAUAAGUAUACCAGACAAAAUGAGAAUUGUACAGUUAAGAAGAAAUCGUCUUCUCAGUAUUACUUUGUCUGCUGUCUGUAUUUUAUGUACGCUGUACCUUGUUAUAAAUUUCUUUUCUGAGGAACCCAUAAAUAAUAUCAAGGAAUAUUGGUCGGAUAGUCUUAAAGGAAAACAAGUCCCAAUUUUGGUAAAAGAACUUGGCAACUUUGAGCCAAAACAUGUACCAGUUAAAAGUGGACCUGGCGAAGGAGGUAAACCUCAUAUACUUAGAGACGAUCAGCAAAAUGAUGUUCAGCAAUCAGAAUCAGAGUACGGUAUGAAUAUGGUAUGCUCCGAUGAAAUAUCAAUGGACAGAACAAUUCCUGAUACAAGAAUGCCCGAGUGCAAGCAUUGGAAUUAUCCAGAGGAUCUUCCUCGGACUAGUGUAAUCAUAGUGUUUCAUAACGAAGGCUUUUCAGUACUAAUGAGAACUGUUCACAGUGUGAUAAAUCGUACACCUCCACAGUUUUUGGAGGAAAUUUUAUUAGUAGAUGACUUCUCUGAUAAAGAUAAUUUGAAGGGCGAUUUGGAAUCGUACAUAGAGAGGUGGGGAGGAAAAGUUAAAUUAGUAAGGAAUUAUGAAAGGAAAGGUUUGAUAGGAACGAGAUCGCGUGGUGCUCGGGAGGCUAAGGGCGAAGUUAUAGUAUUUUUGGACGCCCAUUGCGAAGUUAAUAUUAACUGGUUAUCCCCUCUUUUGGCUCCAAUUGCUGCCGACAGAACUGUGAUGACAGUUCCGAUUAUUGAUGGAAUUGAUCAUAAGACUUUCGAGUACCGACCUGUGUACCAGGAAGGUCACUUAUAUCGGGGUAUCUUCGAGUGGGGUAUGUUGUACAAAGAAAAUGAACUUCCUGCUCGGGAAAAGAAAUCACGACCUUACAACAGUAUGCCGUACAGGUCACCUACUCAUGCCGGAGGUUUGUUCGCGAUAAAUCGUGAAUAUUUCUUGUCGUUGGGCGGAUAUGACGACGGCCUUCUCGUAUGGGGCGGAGAAAACUUCGAGUUGUCGUUUAAAAUAUGGCAAUGUGGUGGAAGUAUUCUUUGGGUACCUUGUUCUCAUGUCGGACACGUGUACAGAGGUUUCAUGCCUUAUACUUUUGGCAAACUGGCGAAUAAGAAGAAAGGACCAUUGAUAACUAUAAAUUACAAAAGAGUUGUUGAGACUUGGUUCGAUGAUAAGUACAAAGAAUUCUUUUAUACAAGGGAGCCCUUAGCACAGCUGCUCGAUCAUGGCGAUAUAUCCGAGCAAUUGGAAUUCAAAAGACGAAAACGAUGUAAAAGUUUUCAGUGGUACAUGGAGAACAUAGCUUACGAUGUUUUCGAUAAAUUCCCUGAGUUACCUCCGAAUAUUCAUUGGGGAGAGUUACGCAACGUAGCAACAGGGUCAUGUCUAGACACAAUGAGUCAUUCACCUCCCAGUUUAAUGGCCACGACUGAUUGCCAUGGAUUUGGAAAUAAUCAGUUAAUUAGAUUAAACGCGAGAGGUCAAUUAGGCGUUGGAGAACGGUGCAUAUCAGCUGAUAACCAGGGCGUGAAAUUUGUAUUCUGUCGUUUGGGAACCGUGGAUGGUCCAUGGCAGUACGACGAGAAAACGAAAACAAUGCUGCACAGAUUGCACAAGAAGUGCAUGGCGCUCCAUCCUCAAACCCAACAAUUGUCGUUGAUGCCAUGCGACAUCAACAAUACGUAUCAACAGUGGACUUUCCAUCAGAUUCAUCCACGAUGGUAAAGGACCGUAAGUACUAGUUUUAUGCCGAAUCAAAGACUUGAGGAAAACUUUACCUACACAUUUAACUAUUUCACUUUUACACUUGAAUUGUGAUUAAGAUACUUGAUUAUUUUUCAUUCUCUUGUCGUAAACAAUUCAAGUGCGAACGUAAAAUGUGCGAACGUAACGUGAAACCAUAUUACGUAUUGCUUUUUUUACUAACAUUAUUAUGUUAUAAAAUCUAAACCGAGAUGAGAUUUUUUUCUCAGUGUGAAAUCACGUUAAGCUUUAUUUAUGCCUGAUCAUUGUGUCUAAGUGCAAUUCAUAAUUUUAAUAUAAUUCAUACACAUAUUUAUAUAUAAUUUUCAUGAAACGUGUUUUAAACCAACAUGUAAUAACAUGAUUUGUUAAAACGCGAAUCGAACUUGCGAUUUCCUAUAAUCUUGAAUGUACACGGCUCGUCUUAUGUCACGAUAUUCUUUUAACCGGACGUAGAAUAAACUUAUAACUGCAAUGAUGCCCGUUUUAAGUACACUUUUUUGCUAAAUACAAAGUUUAUCUGAUAAACUUUCGUCACAAUUCAUUCGCAUUUGACAUAACUUACUUCGUUAAAUAAUUUUUGAAGUUCUUUGAUCCUGAUUGAUGUACACAAAGCGGGCAUCAUUGCUUUUUUCCUGUGAACAAAUACAUACUGCCUACUCCUACUCGAAAUAAAGAAGAGGUCUCUCGACUA